AGACUUGUCAGAUCACUUUUGUUUUGGGACAAUUCAGCUAUGGCGUCUUCAAUUCCUGAGCACCUGGCUUUUGUUGUUAUAGGAUUGUGCGCUUUAAUAACAGGAUGCUAUUGUACGGAUUUCACCAUACAGAACAAGUGCCCAUUUCCGAUUUGGCCUGCAAGUUUCAAUCCAAGCAGUGGAUUAGAGCUUCCCCCUGGCAUGCAGACAAUUCUACAUGUCCCUCCACAACAACAGGCAGGAAGAAUAUGGGGGCGAACUGGGUGCAAUUUCAGUGCACAAGGAACUGGGUCCUGUCAAACAGGGGACUGUGGGGGACAACUGAACUGUCAAUUGACUGGAGCAGUCCCUACGAGCUUGGUUGAAUUUACCCUCGGUGGAAGUGGAAAUCAGGAUUAUUAUGACAUCUCUCUUGUAGAUGGGUUUAACCUUCCUGUUGGAGUUGCACCCAGUACAAGCAGUUGUCAGUCCAUUUCCUGCAAUAAAAACGUUCUUGCAGAUUGUCCUGCACAAUUGAAGGGUGAUGGAGUGUGUAAGAAUGCUUGUUUAGCUUUUCCUUCUAAUGAUCAGUAUUGUUGUCGUGGGCAAUAUGUGGAUAAUUGCCCACCUAAUGAAUACUCUAAGUUUUUUAAGGGGGAGUGCCCUCAGGCCUAUAGCUAUGCAAAGGAUGAUGCUACCAGCACCUUUGUUUGCCCAACGGGUGCUACCUAUACUGUUACAUUCUGCCCUUGAAUCCAUUUUAGCAUUAGAUUAAUUAAUAAGGAGGUUUGUUUUGGCCUUUUUGUUAACCUG